AUGUCUGUUAACGAGGAUGCAAACGAUAGAUAUGGGAUUGUCAUCGACGCAGGUUCCUCUGGUUCAAGACUUCAUAUCUACAAAUGGACAGAUCCAAACUCAUUAACUGCUACAACAAAUGAUCCAUCGAUAUUGCAAUCUGUACCACAAAUUUAUCAACGAAGAGACUGGAAUCACAAAAUAACACCAGGUCUAUCGUCCUUCGAGAACAAACCACAUAAAGCAUACAAAGAUCACAUCAAACCAUUACUAGAUCAUGCCAAGAAAAUCAUACCCACAAACAAACAAAAGGAAACACCCAUUUUCAUUCAAGCUACAGCAGGAAUGAGGCUUCUACCAACGAGAAAGCAAUCCAAAAUAAUUGAAUCAUUAUGUAAGCAAAUCAAACAAAAAUCAUCCAAUUUCUUAAUGCAAAAUGAUUGUUCUCAACAAAUUCAAGUCAUUGAUGGUGAAACCGAGGGAAUUUACGGUUGGUUAAGUUUGAAUUAUCUAUCUGGUCAUUUCAAUAACUUCAACCCUCAAGAUUCAUCUCAUUUCACUUUUGGAUUCAUGGAUAUGGGUGGUGCUUCUACUCAAAUUGCGUUCAUGCCCAGUGACCCGAAGGAAAUUGCAACUCAUCAUGAUGAUAUUAAUAGUGUAAUCUUGAAAAGUAACAAUGGUGAUGUACAACAAUGGGAUGUGUUCGUCUCAACGUGGUUGGGCUUUGGCGCCAACCAAGCUAGGAAACGAUAUUUGAUUCAAUUAAUUAAUAGUUUACCCGAGAAUACUAAUGAUUAUGAUGAUGAUGAUUUCCAUACUAAGAAAUUGUUGGAUCCUUGUAUGCCCACUGGUUAUGAGUAUAAAUUUAAAUAUAAAGGUGAAAAAUUUAAAUUUAUUGGGUCAGGGAACUAUGAUCAAUGUACUAAAUCUAUUUAUCCAUUAUUAUUGAAAAAUUUACCUUGUGAAGAUGAACCUUGUUUGUUUAAUGGGGUUCAUACACCAAAGAUUGAUUAUGAUGUGGAUAAAUUUAUUGGAAUUUCAGAAUAUUGGUAUACAGCAAAUGAUAUAUUUAAAUUAGGUGGUACUUAUAAUUUCAAAGAAUUUGAUUCAAACGUUAAACAAUUUUGUGAAUUAGAUUGGGAAACAAUGAAAAAAAAUAAUGUUAAUGGGAAAUAUAACGAUAUUCCUGAUGAAUUCUUGGCAGCUUCAUGUUUUAAAGCUAAUUGGGUUUUAAACGUUUUGCAUGAGGGGUUUAAUUUACCUAAAAUUGAUAAUAAUGAUAUUAAGUCGAGUAUUGAAGAAAAACAAAAUGAAUUACCUCCAAUGUUUCAAAGUUUAGAGAAAGUUGAUGAAAAGGAAUUAUCAUGGACAUUAGGUAGAAUUUUAUUAUAUGCCUCAGGAAGUGUCAUGUUAGGUGAUAAAUCAAUUAAAGUUGGAAUAAAUCCAACAGAAAAUGAAGUUGAAAAAUUUGGUAAGAAAUUCAUCCUUGGAAAUAUAUCAGAUAUUUCAAAUACAACAUUAUCAAACAUAUCUAUUCAUUUUUUCAGAAAUUUAAUAAUUUUACUCAUAUUGUUUUUCAUUGUGUUCCAUUUAAUUCAAGGCAAGAAGAGAAAUUCUUUUAAUGUCAUGGAUUCGUUGGAAGAACUCCGUAGAUUUUUCAAAAUUUUAUUGUACAAGAUGGGAAAUCUAUUACGUUCAAGUUGUAGAACAUACGUGAUGAAUAAUCACUGGGUACCUUUUAGUGCCAGUGAUAGUGAUUUUGUACAAUCAAGGUUGGAAGAAGGUGUUUUGUACAAUAAUACAAGAAAUAAUAAUAAUAACAAUAAUAAUAAUAAUAAUAAUAACAAUAAUAGCUCUUUCAUUCCAAAAUCUGAACAUGAAAGAAGAACCAAAAACCUUGUAAAUAAAGUUUACAAUGAAGACCAAGGAGAAUUACUAAACUUUAGAAGUAAAAGUGCAUCGAAUUUAACAAAUCCUAAUAAUAAUAAUAAUAAUAAUAAUAAUAAUAAUAAUACCGGUAAUACUAAUGAUAAUGAAGAAGGAUCGAUAUUCAACGGCCCUCAAAAGAAUGAAAGAAUGUUUUCCUCAGUACGAACAAGUCCAAUGCCAUUAAAUACUUUACAUAAUAAUGUUACAAAUGGAAACGAUGGUAAUAUGAACGAUAAUAAACAUAAUAAACAAAAUAGAUGGACGCCGAAAAGUCCAGCUUUCCCAAUGACAGAUUUUUCAAAAUUUAAAGAUCGUUAA